UUUUAAAACAUAGUCAAAAGACACCACCCCAUUGGACAUCCCAAUACACCAGCAGGGGAAAACUUAUAACCCUGCCAGCCUGGGUGUUGCCUUCACUGAACUUCUGGGUUUGAAGGCAGCAGGAGUACAAGAAAGCUCCUUCCACAAAAGACCUCUUUCUCAAAGACUUUUCUUCCUUUGAGGCACCCCUAUAGUGAAGAACCAAGAUGUUGGUACUACUAGCUGGUAUUUUUGUGGUCCACAUUGCCACUGUGAUCAUGCUCUUUGUCUCCACCAUUGCUAAUGUCUGGAUGGCAGGCAAGAUUAGCAGUGGAAUAACAAACUCAUCUGGGCUGUGGCUUCAGUGCGCAAAUGGGCAUUGCAGGGAUCUUCAGUUUGUAGAUGAUGACCUUUCUGCCCUCAAGGCUGUGCAGGCCUUUAUGAUCCUGGCCAUUAUCUUCUCCUUUGUUUCUCUGAUCAUGUUUGUGGUCCAGCUCUUCACUAUGGAGAAAGGAAAACGGUUUUACAUUACUGGAGCCAUAAUGCUGGUUUGCUGGCUCUUCAUUCUGAUUGCGGCCUCAAUUUAUACUGCUCGAUUUCCACAGUAUUUCAAAGCAGAGGAAGACCACCAUGGCUACUCCUUUAUCCUUGCUUGGAUCUGUUUUUGCUUCAGCUUCAUCAUUGGGGUUCUGUAUCUUGUACUCAGAAAAAAAUGAGGGUCACAGGGUGAGAUUGGGAGGGAGGACUGGAAAAUUGGGAGGGCUUGUGGGAGGGAUAUGAAGUCACUUUUUUUUAAUGAGAACUGUUUGGCAAAAGAAAUGAAUCCACACACUGCUCACCUAACACUCCCAGCCACAGAGUGGAAUCCACCAGAGAGAAAGAAAAGAUGCUGAAAACACCAUCAUAGACCUCUGGGACCAUGAAGAUGCUUGAAGAAUAUUCUAAGCAACCAGAGACCAUCUCCUUUCUUAUACCAUGACAGAAGUAUCCCCUCUUAAAAGACAUUGAACCUCUGCCUCCUUGACUGCAGAAAAGCUAGAAAUGACAUCAGAGCUCCUGGCUUUCCUUUCCUAAACCUUCUGCAUUCGUGAUACAUCUGCUGCCUGUGUGCUUUCUACUAUUCGUUCUCACUCAUUUAUGAAAAGUGUUGUGAGAGGAGGCAUGAGAGUGCCAGGUCCUCUAAAUUAAAUGACAGCACAGAUCCUUAGUUAUAUGUUCUUGAAAAAUGAAAGUCAUGAAAAUGUGAAACCAGCCUCACUGAAGUGAGGCCAAAUUCCAGCAUUCAUUCAAAGCACAAAUGAAAGCUUUUAUAGUUCUGUCACUGCCUUAAGUUCCUUUUUUAGUUUUUUAGUUUUAUACAAAAAGGGGACAAACCUCCUGCUGUGGAAGACUUCAGAAGGAAAACAGCCUUUUGGGUGUGAAAAGGGAAAGUGAACAGGGAAAGUGGCAAACGAUGGAAGAUAAGGGAGGCAGUCCAGCAAUGAGCUAAACUAUCAAGAACAGAGUCCUUAGUGGUUGGCAGAAUGUCAUCAAGGUGUGUGACAUUCGUUAGAGCUCAUUGUACCCAUUUGAAACAAUUGCACUAAAAAGAGCUUAUUGAGUUCCCCAUGAUGACACUGAAUUAUUAGAAUUCAAAGGUAUAGAUGUGUUAGUCUGGAAAAUCAAUAUACAAAGGGAUCUUGUAGCACCUUUGAGACUAACUGAAAGACAGAUGUUGGUAGCAUCUGAAUUGUUAGGUCAGUGAUGUCUGCAUUUUACAAACCAUCAGACUGAAAGGGCUAUUUCUAAAAUCACUGUGUCAGAUCAGCCUUGGCUUAUGGGAUCUUCUUUCUCACCACCAAAUUAAGGUUUUCCCAACUAUCACUGGAAAAAUAUCAAAGUCAGAAUAAUCCACGCUAUACUAUUUUUGAUUUCUAUGUAUGUUUGUAAGCUGGACAAUGAAAAAUGGGAGAUGGAAAAAAUAACUCAUUUGAAGGGUGGCGCUGGAAAAGGGUUCCUUGGACACUCUUCCAGAAACAGAAAUGAAUAGGCCUUGAGCAAAACAAGUCUGAACUCUCACCACAAGCCAAGAUAACUAAAGUAAGAUUGUCCAUACUUUGGACAUAUUAUGAGACAAUAUAGCUCAUUGGAAAAAAGGAUAAUGGUUGCUAAAGUGGAAAGUUGUAGGAAAAAGGAAAAACUGAAUUACAAGUGCAUUGAUUCAAUCAGUGAAAUCACGGUCCCGAGUUUGCAAGACCUGAGCAGGGCAGUUGGUGAAUGAGGUUCUUGGAGGUGUCUCAUUCAUAGAAUUGCUAUAAGUCUAAGUUGACUUGAAGACAAAUAACAAAAAAUUGAUUGGUAAUAGACACCAUCACAUUGUUGCAAAGGAUACAUUUGGAUGUUUAGAUUUUUGUGGUGUAUUUGUGUAAAAUACCAGAUCUCGCAUUGACAGUGUAGUAUCUCCUUUAUAUCUUUCCCCCAAAAUGCCUUAAAAUCUAAGAAAAUUUAAGAAACUGUAUUGGAAGAGCAGGGCUCCUGAGGCAGAAUUAUACUUGGCUGGGCAAUCCCAAGCAGGAACCUUUCGCUUGUGAUGCUUUUUCUUCAUUUCCCCCCAUUCCUUCAGUUCAUAUAGCACAUCUCUCAUGGGACUAGAAGCCCCGUUAACUCAAUUUUACAGACAGAGGGCCAAGCAGGAAGUGACUGUAUGGAGAUGGAAAGAAUUAUUAUAUCAUGGGUAUUGUCUGAACUGGGAUUUUCAGUCCAUGUAUUCCUGCCAUUUAGAUCAGUUACAAUAAUGAAUGGAAUCUAUGAAUGGUAAGAGACAAAUGCUUUUUCUGCUUUGCUCAACUCAUGCAAAAGGGGAGAUAAAUUCAGGGCUGCAUGUUUAGUAUAAGCAGUAUUCUCUUUCUUUCCUUGUUACAUUCUUUUUUCCCUUGUACACUUUUGUAACUGGAUGGAUAUGUUCUACUAUUAUGCUUGCUGUUUCUCUAUGUUUACUUCAUGUGCAGUCAUUGUAAAUAUUUUGAUACAAGUGUUCUUAUAAGUAGGGAUAUAAAAAUAAAAUCCAGUU